ACACUAUAAAUUACACUUCCAAAUGGGUUUUUACAUCAAGUAAAUUUUGAGAAUCAUAAGAGAAAAAAAAAUGGCCCAAACAAAAGUUCUAUCCUUCGUCCUACUUACUGUCCUCAUCCUAUCCGUGGAUGUUAUGGAAGUUGUUGGUCAAGGAAAAUGUUGCCAAAACCAUCCAAGCCUUGGUGGAUGUGUACCAGGAAAAGACGAUGAUCCUGAGAGUAGUGGCAAAUGCUGGGCGUAUUGUAUAACUGAUUGUGUGAAAGGGGGUUUUUGCAAACAAGUUGGUGCAGGCCACCAUCAGUGUCAUUGUUAUUGUUGAUCUUAACUGUUUGCAGUCGGAGUAAUAAUAGAAAAAAUAAUACACAUAAACAAAUUUGAGAUGAUAUUUUCUGAAUUUUAAGCGGAA